GCCCACAGCGGAGACCCAGGGCGAGGGAGUCGGAGGACCCGUGGUCACCUGCAGACCGAGCUGCCGACGCCCGUGGUGGUUCCUGUGACUGCUUGCCAUGUACGGAGCAGGCCGACUUGCUUUCCUUUCCUGGAGAGGAGGAGAUGCGUGCCUUUUUCUUGCCCAAAGAGGAUGAGGACCAGUGCGGAGGAGUGAGUCAGCUGACGUGAGGACCGGGUGCUGGCUGCGCCCCGCAGCUGGCUCGGAUCACCCACCGUCUGCCGGGCCAGAGUCUAGCUUCUCACUUCAGUUAGACACAACCCGUUCUCGGUUUUGACAUUAUGGCAGGGAGGCAUCAGAAUCGUAGUUUUCCUCUUCCAGGAAUUCUUCCCAGUGGUCAAGUACAUGCAUUUGGAAAUUGUACAGAGAGUGAUGUGUUGGAGGAGGAUGCUGAAGUAUAUGAGCUUCGAUCCAGAGGAAAAGAGAAAAUCCGAAGAAGUACAUCAAGAGAUAGACUAGAUGACAUUAUAGUAUUAACAAAAGAUAUACAGGAAGGAGAUACUUUAAAUGCAAUUGCCCUUCAAUACUGUUGUACGGUAGCAGAUAUCAAGAGGGUCAACAAUCUCAUCAGCGAUCAAGACUUUUUUGCCCUUAGGUCUGUCAAAAUUCCAGUAAAAAAGUUUAGUUCCUUGACUGAAACACUUUAUCCUCCAAAAGGAAGACAAGCUUCACGUCCUUCACCUGUUCAACACGUUCCAGAGCAACAGGAAAUUUUGUCACUUAAUGAUUCUUUUUCUUCCAGUGAGUCAGCUGGUAGCUUUUUAAAAGAAGUAGACCGAGACAUAGAACAAUUAGUAAAAUGUACAGACACCAAAAGAGAGAACCUUAACGAGGUGGUGUCUGCCUUAACAGCACAACAGAUACGUUUUGAACCUGAUAACAAAAACAUUCAACGUAAGGAUCCUUAUUAUGGAGCAGACUGGGGAAUAGGGUGGUGGGCAGCUGUAGUGAUAAUGCUGAUAGUGGGUAUAAUAACGCCAGUAUUUUAUUUGCUCUAUUAUGAAAUUUUAGCUAAAGUGGAUGUUAGUCACCAUUCAACAGUGGAUUCUACACAUUUGCAUUCAGGAGUCACACCCCCAUCACAGCAGAGAGAAAUGGAAAAUGGAAUUGCUCCAACUAAAGGAAUACCAUUUGGCCAACAAGAUGAUCAUAAACUGCAUAGUCACAAUUCUCAGUCUCCUGUUGCUCAACACAAAACAUAGCAAUUAGCUCGUAAUUACAGUGUUUAUGGUCACGGGUUCAUCUGGAAUGUGAUAAAUCCGUUAUAUUCAAUAACCACUUCAAAAGCAGUAAUUAGGAAGAUUGAAAAUGCUUUUGUUUUUCAGGUUUUGGUUGUGUGUGUUUUUUUUUGAGCCAUUUACAAAUGGAUUGAGUAUAAAAUUCCUGCAGUUGUUAGUUGUUGAUAUUGAGAACAGUAAAUUUAUAUGUUGUAUCAAUGUUUAAAGCAAAAAUUUAUUUUAUGAGUCCAGGAAGUUCUUAACUUGGAAAACAUCAUUUUUCUUAUUCAAGACCAGUUACGUUUAAAUUUUAUUUAAAUAAUUGUUAAGGUUAUUAAUGUUUAUUAAGCACCAGAUUUCUGCAACUGAAGAAAAUUUACUACUGUGAACCAUCAAAUUAUUUAGUUGCAAAAGUUUGAUUCUAAAAUUAUUUAUGAUAGCACAUACUUAAUACUCUAUUUUAAAACUUUUGAAAAUGAGUUGUAGCACAUAUGCUAUGAAGACGUAAGUAGACACACAAGUAGGAAAGCGAUGUGUGAUGUUUGUAAUAGAGGCUAAGAUAGAAAUUAAAUAUUUUUAAGCCCUAAAAUGUGUUGUGGUUGAGAAGUUGCCAAUUGGUCACUAGAACACUGGAUUAGGUAAAAAACCUAAAGUGAUCUUUGUCUCUUAAAAAGUGCUGCCUCCGCUUUUAAUUUUUAAGUCAUUAUAUUGGCCUCUGAUAUUUGCAAGCAUUUUUGCAGUUCUUUGAAAAGUGUUAUACAUGUACAGGUUAGCAUUAUUUAGAAAGUAAUUUCCUACAUACUGUGAUAAGAUGUUGCUGUGUUACGUAUAGUAACAUGCCUUAAUUACAUUUAAUGCCUUAUAAAAUAUGUAAGCUAAUAUUUUUAGAAUUAAAGGCAUUAUUUCAGAUGGUCCAGUGGGAUUCAUUACAUAGGCUGUAUAAAUUUGCCUCCACUUUCACUAUCAAGCACAAAUUAAUGGGGUCGAAACAAGUUUUCACUGUCUGCCUCUGAUGUCUGUUGCAGAAAAUGGUUCAUUAAGCAAAACAGGAGUAAAGACACCUUUGGCAUUAGCAAUAACACACAUUGCUUUAUUUAUUGAUACCUUAAACUUUUUCAAAGAGAAAAUGUUCAACUUAAAUCUUUUUUCCCCUUGAACUAUAGCAUGAAAUUGGGGAACAGAAGCCAAAAGUGUACGGGGCCACUUUUUAAAAUUGCUAUGGAUCUGCCAGAUAAACAUUUGCAUACUGAUUUCAUAUAGUUUUUUAAAGUAUGUGUUUUUAAAAAUGUAACUAAAAUGAUUCAUUAGAAACAAGAGUUGGUGGAAUCUGGAUUGCCUGUUUUAUGUAUAAUAAAGUAUGUACCUUAAGAUCUGUAAUACCA